CAUUCUCGCUUCCUUCUUCCAUACACUGCCGUUGGGAGUUGGCAGAUCUGGGACCACGGCAAGGGGUGCCACUCAGUGCCCGGCAGUGUGGGCUGGGACUUUGUCACUGAAGCAGACAGUCACUUCUGGGCCCACGAGGUAGCUGCCCAUGCUCUGCUGAGCACGUGUUGGGGAAGGAACCCAGAUCUGCUUUCACGCUAGAUCCGGCCACGCCCCAGCCCUUCUCCCAUAGACAACAGCAGGGCUCCCCCUUGUCUGGAAUCCUCUUCCUUCCUGGACCCCUAUGGCCUCCUUUCCCAUCUCUGACUUGGAGCCCCAGGGAAAUACAUUGAUUUCAGAAAAUAUGGCAGAGUCAGCCUGUUACCCACCACACGCAGCAUCAUCUCUGCUCCCUCCUGUCUACCCUGUGGCCGCCACAGAGGCGCGACAUCUGUGGGAGUGCAGGUUUCCUUCCUGUGUAACGGGCUAAUGCCAGCUGCAGUGUGUACCAUGCCUUCACACCUCCUCCUGCUGCUGACUCUACUGGGCCCUGGCAGCAGCCUCCAGCUGUGGGACAGCUUGAAGGAUGGAUCCCAGGAGGCCCCAGCCCCAGCGCUUCUACGGGGACGGAGACAGGCGACCACAGAUGAGGACUUUGAUGAAGACUAUUUCCCAGAAGUCACAGACCCUCCAGAAAUGCUUGAAAAUUACAUGAGGUUUGUGUCUACAGACGGUGAAGCCCUGAGCACGAUGGCUGUGUUGGAGCAAAGGGUUGCAGGUCCCGGGCCCUCUGAGGCAGCCACGGUGGAGGCUGUCCCCAGCAGCACUGCUGGCCUGGAUACAGGAGAGGCACAGUGGAGCACAGAAUUGGCCACACAGUGGACACCAGUCUCAGUGGACCUGACCACAGAAGUGACUUCUGGAAUUGCUUUUACAAUGGAGGCUGUAUCUACAGAGUGGGCUCCUUCCAUGGAGGCAACCACCAGAGAGGCCUGUCCACGGCCAGUAGCCACCAAGUGUAUACAAGCGGUAGCCAUGGCGGCAGAGACCACCCAACCAUCAGUCUUGGUGACAGAGACUACUCAGCCAUCAGCCACAACGAUAGAGGCCACCCAGCCAUCAACCUUGGUGACAGAGACCACCCAACUGUCAGCCACAACAGCAGAGACCACUCCUCUAGCAGCCACGGAGGCCUUGCCCAGAACCAGGCUCACGCAGGCUCUGUUCACAGCGCUGGCUGCCACCAAAGGCCCUUCCACAGAACCCACUGCCACCACGGCCCUGUCCAUGGAGCCAGUCCCCACCAAGUCCCCUUCCACAGAACCUAUCACUGUCACCUUUCUUGUGCCUGUUGUCAUUCACCAGAACACCACAGUGGCAGCUGGCAACUUGCCUGACACGAGCAGGAACAGGCAGGUUGUCACCCUUGCUAGCUCCACGAGCCCCGGCCCCACAGAGGCCUCAGACCGUGUCCCCGUGAGGCAGUGUCUUUUGGCCAUCCUCAUCCUGGCAGUGGUGGCCACAGUCUUCCUCGUGUGCACCGUAGUGCUGGCAAUCCGCCUGUCCCACAGGAACCACAUGUACCCUGUGCGCAAUUACUCCCCCACCGAGAUGGUCUGCAUCUCGUCCUUGCUGCCGGAUGGGGGCGAGGGGUUCCCCAGCACAGCAAAUGGAGGCCCACCCAAGAGGCAGGGCCUGAAGGCAGAGGCCAGCGAGGACCGAGACGGGGAUGACCUCACCCUGCACAGCUUCCUCCCGUAGCUCCCCUGCUCUCUGCAGCCCACCCAUAGGUCUGGAAGGCCACAGGUCUGGGCUUCCUGGGUGACCUCUGGGGACAGGCAUCUUUAGGGAAGAGAUCUUGGCUGUCCCCAACAGGGCCACAAACAACCAAGGUCCUGAGACCAUGUAGGACUGACCAGCGGGCCCACCUCCUCCUUACCACUCCUGCCUCUUGGAGCCCAGCAGUCUCCAGGCCAAGGACAAUGGCAGGUGGCCAUGUUGCCUGGACAGACCCUUGUCCCCUCCCUCAGUCAUCUGCUCUGGCCCCUCUAACGCCUCCAGCUGCUGUCCUCCUUCUGCCAGGCCACUGGAGUCUCAUCUCCAUGUACCCAAGGAAGACCGAGUCCCUCCUCCUGCCCAUCCGCCCCAUUGCCAUGGUCACCAAGUAGGAAGGGGUCCUUGGGGAACGAGCAGAAGAGCAGUGGAUUCCCAAGGCUGGGUUCUUCUGCCCCUCCACCUCCCUGUCGGGGGAGCUUGCGUUUUCCUGGACGGAGCCAGGCCUCCUCCUGUGACUGUUUGGAAGAGGAGACCACUUUUUGGGACUGUGUGGACCAGUGAGCUUCCAUUUAGUGACAAAGUGACCCCAUCCUGCUCUCUCUCACUGUCCACUGUGGCCCUGUCUCUGGGUGGAGAUCCUACUGAUCUCCACCUCCUGAGGACAAGUUUUUCCUUAGAGGGCUGGAUAGUAAAUACUUACAGUACAUCGUUUCUGUUCUCUGUUGCAGCUUCCCAACAUGGUUUUGUUCUCAAAAUCAUGGACAAAAGUCCUAAAUGAAUGGGUGUGGCUGUGUUCUAAUAAAACUUUAUUUACAAACAGGUGGCAGUCAAACUGUAAGUUUCCCAACCCCUGAUUUCAGUGUAGGGUGUUGUGAUUUUAGUGCAGAAAGCCCAUGUCCUGAGAGGCUCCCUAGCCAGGAUGGGGCCCUGUUUAAGCCACACAUGCCAUGUGCAUGUGUUAUGUCACCCCAACACACGUCCACCCUACGACGACAGACCAGAGAUCCAGGCUUUGCAGGCCAUGGUUAGAGGCUGAGCCUGAGUCACUCUCGACAUUCUGUCUCCAAGUCCCUUCUAGUCAUUUCCAUGUAGAGAAAAGGAAACUGCUGAUUCAAACACACACUGUCCUGUCCCCUAGGAGAGGGGUAGAAUUCAUCUCGGGAGACUUUUCUUUUCUUCUAGAGAAUUCUCCCAGUGGCAUCUCUGGGAGUGAAGGACCUCCACCUUGGCCCCAGGUGUGGUCUUCGGCUAGACGAAAAGGUUGAGACUGGGAGCUGGUGGUUGCAGUUUGGGAGAGGGAUUGCAAGAAAGGGAGAGCUGUGGGGAAAGGCAGGAAGGGACACGCAGGUGGCAGAAGCCCAUGGGGACAGAGCAGGGAAAUGCCCAUGUGUCUGGAAAUGAUGGUACC